GGAAGGAAUGACAGUCUAUUGGUGCAUUUAUUUUUUUACACCAUUAUAGCGCUCUGGGCAUGAGGAAGAACUUCCUAUCAAAAUAACUUUCAAAUUAAAAGGAAUUACUCACAUAGAAUAACGCCCAUAUUACGACAUCCCCAUACACGCGCACAAGCAGUUUAACCAAUACCAAUCGCACAUAAAAUGCGGUAAAAUUGCACGGACGCCGGGAGACCAUGCUCUGUAGCUUUAUCUGACCUAUCGACAAAUAGCCAAUCCCGUGCCAUGACGAAAACUCUAAUUCAUUGGAAUUAGUAGGCUACAUGGAUUUUUACGGACCAAUGUCCUGGCACAUGUAACAGAUACAGGGGUUGAUAUCAGGCACGAGAGCUCGUUUCGGCAAGGCAACAUCUCAUUCGUAGCCUAGAUUAAUUCGGCUUCUGCAUGAUCACUUACACCGGUACCCGCAACAAGACCAGCUGAUUUCCUACGAGGCGACUAGUUAGCCUGCCAUAUAGGCUACUACUCCAGUGCAGCAGUCGGCUUCACUGACCGUGGGUCCAAGAGCUGGAAAAGACCUUUGCUGGUUUUCCGGUGUUGUGGAAAUUUAUUCUGCCAGAAUUUAACUUUUCUGACCACGAAUUCUGACGCUUGGACGUGUGUUCCAAUAACGCCUGUGUUAGGAUUGUCUUUACAAGAAGACUGUGAAAUCAUCAUAUUCACAUGGGCGAAGCCAGGGCUCGGUUCUGCUUUGGCUGGACCCGAGCUCACUGUCAAGACAACGGUGCGCUUUUAGAACCUGAGAGAGAGCGGGAGAUACAAUAUGCUGAAUUAUUUGACCAGUUGGAUCUCAAUAAAGACGGGAGGGUCGACUUUAACGAGUUACGAAUCGGACUUGCUGCCAGGGGGUUACUUCUGAGUGACGCGGAGGAGAUAGUGCGUGAGAGCGACACCAACCACGAUGGCUUGUUGGACUUUGAGGAGUUCUCUCAGUACCUGCGGGCCCACGAGAGAGAACUGCGGCUCGUGUUCCAUAAACUGGACCGCAACAACGAUGGACACAUCGACGUGGGCGAGAUUCAGCAAUCACUGAAUAACCUAGGAGUGAAAGUCUCAAUGGAGCAAGCAUCCAGAAUCCUUCAGAGCAUGGACAGGGAUGGCAACAGGACCAUUGACUGGAACGAGUGGCGAGAUCACUUCCUAUUCAAUCCCCUACACAACAUGGAAGACAUAGCCCACUACUGGAAACAUUCACAUAUGUUUGACAUUGGGGAGCACCUGACCAUUCCAGAUGAGUUUUCUGAGCGGGAACGGCGGUCUGGGCUGGUAUGGAGGCAGCUGGUCGCCGGGGCGAUGGCCGGAGCGGUGUCAAGGACUGGGACUGCGCCACUUGACCGGCUCAAAGUUUUCCUACAGGUGCAUGGCUCCAGCUCGCGGGGGAUCAACAUAUGGACGGGCCUGAAGGGGAUGGUCCAGGAGGGGGGGGUGCGAGCCCUCUGGAGGGGCAACGGCAUCAACGUGCUCAAAAUAGCCCCCGAGUCAGCCAUCAAGUUCAUGGCUUACGAACAGAUCAAGUGGUUUAUUCGUGGUAGUAAGGAAGGGGCCAGUCUGCGGGUCCAGGAAAGGUUUCUAGCUGGUUCUCUGGCCGGAGCCACUGCCCAAACUAUCAUCUACCCUAUGGAGGUGUUGAAGACUCGUCUGACCCUCAGGAAGACUGGACAGUACUCAGGCAUGGCUGACUGUGCCAAACAGAUCCUAAGAAAGGAGGGGGUACGAGCCUUCUACAGGGGCUACGUACCCAACACACUGGGCAUAAUCCCCUACGCUGGCAUAGACCUGGCCGUCUAUGAGACCUUGAAGAACGCCUGGCUCCAGAGGUACAGUAUAGGCUCAGCUGACCCUGGUGUGCUGGUGCUGCUGGGCUGUGGAACUGUGUCCAGCACCUGUGGCCAGCUGGCCUCCUACCCUCUGGCCCUGAUCAGGACACGCAUGCAGGCCCAGGCAACAACUGAGGGAGAACCCAAGCUGUCCAUGGUUGGUCAGUUCAAACACAUCAUGUCACAUGAAGGGGUACCUGGGCUCUAUCGGGGCAUCGCCCCUAACUUCCUGAAAGUCAUUCCUGCUGUCAGCAUCUCCUACGUGGUAUACGAACACAUGAAGAAAGCCCUGGGUGUGGGCUCGUAGACAAAGACGUGAGAAAGUGUGGAGUUAGGAAAAGGAGAGGGAGAAUCUGAUUAAAGCAGUGUGGUAGCGGGUUGUCAUUAAGACCAUCAGGAAACACAAGAUAAGACUAUGAUAUAGCCAUAAAGGGUAGGUACGGUAAACGGAAGCCACCGUCUUGCCGUAUUUAGAUACAGUAAGCACCCCAUACCUAGGUAUUCUUAUCUCUCAGCCAAUCCCAUUAAAGUAAGUGAAGAUCCAGGGAUUUAAUUACACUGACCUGAGGUCUGCAGAGGAGAAAAUGAUGCGUCAGUGGUAGCUUAGAGAAGAGAGAAAGAGAGAAGGAGAGGGGAAAGAGUUUCAAAAGACUAAAGAAUCUGGGCCAUUCCAUCUCUCUGCAGCCCCCUCCUUCCCCCAUAUUGUCUAUUUUCUAUGUAUGCCCCAUCACAGUACACUGUAUGUUUUGCACCAACCCAAAAAACAGAGCAGUCUGUUCCAUAGACGGUCUUCUCUGUUUCCAUGAAUUAUAAAUAGACUGUACACGGAGAACAAAUGAUAGGAAUACAUUUCUAAUUUAUCAGUUGCAGAUUCACAUUGACAAUUGAUUGAUUUAAGCGAUUGAGUGAGGCUAUGCCCAGUCCAGUUCUCAAUGUGUUUAAUUUUUUCAACUCCUCCAAGCCAAAGUUCCCCUUUGUUAUUUCAUCCAUUAAGACAUGUAUUGUCAAAUGAGAUUAGGAAUAACUGUAUUUACAGAAUGUUUAUCUUGUGCACAAAAAAGAAAUUCUUGAAAGCAUUUUGGCACAAACUAUUUCAUGUUUCAAUGUAAAGGCCACAAAUGUGUAUUUUUGUAAUGGUCCAUUCCAUGUUUUUUCAAGAGCUACAGAACCUUUAUCGUGUAGGUUUCUAUCCAGGCCUUUUACACUGAGCCAUGAUGCAAGUCAAUUUGCACUUUUUGGAAGAUGUGAAUGUAUAACUCAAAGUGGCACUUAUACUGUACACAUGCACAGCUUCGUGGGCUGCUGUGAAGUUGCACACGGAUCUAGAAUCAGCUUCCUCUCCACAAACCCCAACCUCUACCAUACAGGAGGAGAACACUAAACCCAAAUCAGGAACCAGAGGGAACUUCACCUUUGUUUUUUAUUGCAAGAGCUUUGCAAAAACGACUUUGGUAAUAUACUAAACCUGCAGCCCUGUGAUGGCUUUUUUAAAUGUAUAAGAACAUAAUCAUGCUCCGUGCGGGUCCAUAGAGGUGUAUGGACCAGCUACAAUAUAACACCAGAGCAAACCAAUAAUUGAUGACCUCAUUGUGGGUGUGGCGGGAGGAAACAAA